CGGUAGAAUGGAUUCAUGGAAAAGACGUUGUACACCUGGAUUUAAAUCCCUCGAAUAUUAUUUGUAAAGAGGGUAAAGAAAAUUACAAAAUCAAGAUAUGUGAUUUUGAGACAUCCCGACAAAUUGGGGAAAUACUUCAAGUCCAACCUAUCCUUUCUGAUACUCAAUCAAUUCGCUCAAACGAUACACGAUAUUCCAGCUCUCAAAGUCAAAUAUUACAGCAACAACUCACAACGUCAUAUACAUGCCCUGAAUUGUUAUUAUUAACUUAUGAAGAUGAUAGCUUGGUUAGCAAUCAAAACAACGAAGUCGAAGUUGAUUUUAGCCAAGAUAUCUACAGUUUGGGACUUAUCCUCUAUUUCCUAUACACCAAUAGGACUUUAUAUAAUUCAUUAUAUGAAUUGCAUGAAAAACUUUCAGGAAUUGAAGAUAGAAUUAGAAAAGAUAUUGAAGAUAGUAGGGUUGCUGAUCUCGUACUAUCCUGUAUUAGAAAAAAUCCAAAGGAAAGGCCUUGCAUUGAAGACGUUUUACAUAACGCAUAUUUCAAUAAAAUAAGUCGGGGUGAUAGCGGUAAAAGUUUCAGUUUGGAUGAUGGUUGUGGUGAGGAGGAGGAUUUAAGUUGA